AUGAGCUUCAAAUGUGACAACCAGGUCGACUUCAUGGUCUUGCAGCGUGAGAGAGAAGCGCGCGAAGAAAAAUCCCGUGCAGAGUGGGAGGCUAAAUUUGGUCGUCCAUAUACGGCCUCCUGUGUUGCGUCCUACAACUUAACCGACUACUGCAGAGAGCAGUUCGGGCUUCCAAAGAGGCAGCGAUCUGGCGCUGAGGAUGGACUCACAGUAAUUCCAGAGCCCUAUAGACGGGCUGUCCGGCCAAAAACGGAGGGCGAUGUUAUCGGAUUAUAUAGGGAUGAUUAUGAUCAAAAGCUGUUCAAUCCGCACAAGUAUGGAAUUCGCCGCACGGUAUUCGACUGA